AAGCAUAGGGUGUGCUGUUGGACAGAAAGUGAACUCUGGACCCUCCAUUAAACCAACAUUUCCGUAAGUUGUCCACUGUGGUCACAACAAAACGUUGUCCUACACAACUUCUCCUGCGUGUUGUGGACAUUUAUCAGCGAUAAUGUCAGACAAAACAAGCUUUGCCGAUACCAACGUACACCUGGAUGUUAAGGAUUAUUAUGGAAAGACAUUGAAGAACACCUCAGACUUGAAUAGCAAUGCCUGUGUGGCUUCUGCCACGCCCCUUCCUAAAUUCAUCCUCCAGGCUCUGAAGAAAGUCCAUCCUGAUGUCACUGACAGAUACUUUGGUUGUGGUCUGGUGGUGCCAGAGUGUUUGGAGGGCUGCAGGAUUCUGGACCUGGGCAGUGGGAGUGGUAGAGACUGCUACAUGCUGAGUCAGCUGGUGGGAGAGACGGGCCAUGUCACUGGCAUUGACAUGACUGAGGAUCAGCUUGAAGUAGCCAGGAAACAUGUGGACUUUCACAUGAAGGAGUUUGGCUACAAGAAGCCCAACGUGACUUUUGUCCAGGGCUUCAUUGAGGCCUUGACAGAAGCGGGUCUGGAAAAGAGCUCUUACGAUAUCAUUAUCUCCAACUGUGUGGUCAACCUUUCUCCAGACAAGAAGAAAGUUCUGACUGAAGCUUACAGUGUGCUUAAGGAUGGUGGUGAGUUCUUCUUCAGUGACAUGUACUGCAAUGGAAGACAAACAGAGGAGAUUAAAAACAACAAAGUCCUGUGGGGUGAGGGCUUUGGUGGUGCGCUGUGGUACAAAGAUCUGCUGCAAUUGGCCAAGGAAGUAGGAUUCAGCACCCCCAGGCUUGUUACUGCCAGCACCAUCACUGUUGACAACAAGGACAUGGAGGCGAUUCUGGGUGACUUCAAGUUUGUCUCUGCCACAUAUCGUCUGUUUAAGGUCCCUAAAGGCAGCACCAAGCCAUGUAAAGUCAUGUAUAAUGGUAACAUCACAUGGGCGGAGGAGACCCUCCGCUUUGACUGCCAGUACACCUUCAAGGCUGAUCAAGUAGUGGAGGUAGAUGCCGACGUAGCCGCCAUUCUGACCCAUUCCAGAUUUGCACAGGUCUUCACUUUCCAGCCACUAGGAGGCUCCUGUGAACCCUGCGGAGUCCGACCAAAGGCAAGCACCGAGAAUCCUUUUGAGCUGGCUGUGCAGCUGCAGAGAGCAAGUCCAGGUUCACCCACAGGGGGGAGUUGCAGCACAAAGUCUGCACCCUGCUGCAAGUGAUUGAUGCAAAUACACCCAGAGUCACAUGGUGGUACCACAGUAGUUUAAAUAAACAUAUUACUCAAUAUGUGCAUUGAAUGUGCUGUAGGGGUGAAUAAUUAGAACAGUCAAACCCAGUAAAUUCAGGUUAUAGCGAAUACUAUAUUACAGGAAAUUAUGUUAUGAUAACUGAUGUUUAGUAUUCACUGCUCUCCCCCUUUAAACAGGAUAUGCUUGUUGUGGAAAUACAACAUAAUAGAUCAUUUUUUGACACCUACUUUAAACACAUAUAAUUACUCACAAUAUUCCAUCCUUUUUUGGGUGUUUUUUACAUUUCUUCGUGACGAGCUGCAGCAUACCCCAGCUGACUUAGUGUAAGAGGUGUACGCCACCUGACCAGAGAAACAGUCAACCAUUCACACUUUUAUCGUCACUCAGUGGGGACUGAAACCACACAAGUCAAUCGCUAAACCAGUGGUGUCCAAAGUGUGGCUCGUAGGCCAUUUUUUAUUCAAAAUAAAAGACAUUGAAUAUCAUUGAGAUACAAUAUGUUACUUGAUAUUACACUUUGCAGUUAAGCGGUUUAGUUCAGAUAGCUUAGCAGAGGGACACCCCUGCACUAAACUAUUAGUAACAUUCACAAUCUACAGUCCAAAUAAUUCAACUUUUUAGUGCGUUUUGGUGUGAUAUGUCUUACUCCUAAACGGCACACUUCUAAUUAUGUUUCUGCUGUACCACUUCUAGUUUGAAUGACUUUAGUUAAUUUUGCCACAUGGUUUUAAUAAACGACAUGAAUUGCUGAAUGUUACGGUAAUAAUAAAUACAUGUCUUGUCAUGCUAUAUCAAUUUGAAUGCCUUUACACAUGAUGAUUUAGAGCAGGGGUGUCAAACGUACGGCCGGAGGGGCGGAUCAGGCCCGCAAACAGGUUUUAUCCGACCCGCGGGAUGAGUUUGCUAAGUAUAAAAUUUAACCUGAAAUUUUUGAAUGAAAGAAACAGCUGUUCUAAAUGUGUCCGCUGGAUGUCGCAAUAGCAAUUCUUUGUAUCUUUGUAGAUGAUGCUACAUAUGUACAAAAUAAACCACAUAAUGUUAGUGCAUCAGUCAAGGAAAAUUAUCAAACUACAUAAAUAACAUACUGUAAUUGGAUUUUGAUAUAUUUUUUUUAUCUUGAUAGAUUGAAAAUGAACACCGAUGAGUUAACUGACGAACAUUGUCACAUCAUUUAUUCAGAAAAUAUAAAUAAUGACAAAUAAAGAUAGAAUACUAUUAACCACAACAUGUAAGUGUAAAAAAAAACCCCAACAACAUUAUGAUUUGUACAUUUUCACAAUGUGCUUGUUCUAUUUUUAAACAAAGAAAACAAUCUGAAGUUGUCUUUAUUUUUAAGUUAUCGUGCCGUGAUUUUACAAGUCCGGCCCACUUUGGAGUAGAUUUUUCUCCAUGUGGCCCCCGAUCUAAAAUGAGUUUGACACCCCCGGUUUAGAGUUUUUUCAUCUAGUCACAAAGUAUUGAGAGCUUCCACUGUACAACUAGUACACAUUGUGAGUGUUACAACAUGAAGGAAUGGUGUUCGUUUGAUCCAAAACAUGACCUUUUUUCCCAUGAGUUAGUCACAAAGUACAUCCCUCGCUUUUCAACAAGCCUUUUAGUAUAUAUUUUAAAUGAAACUUGGACAUAAUUUGGAGUAGUCCGUUUACAGCUUGUGUAGCAUACUUGCCAACCUUGAGACCUCCGAAUUCGGGAGAUGGGGGUUUGGUGGUAGCGGGGGUGUAUAUUGUAGCGUCCCGGAAGAGUUAGUGCUGCAAGGGGUUCUGAGUAUUUGUUCUGUUGUGUUUAUGUUGUGUUACGGUGCGGAUGUUCUCCCAAAAAGUGUUUGUCAUUCUUGUUUGGUGUGGGUUCACAGUGUGGCGCAUAUUUGUAACAGUGUAAAUGUUGUUUAUACGGCCACCCUCAGUGUGACCUGUAUGGCUGUUGAUCAAGUAUGAAGUGCGUUCCCUUAUGUGUGUGUUAAAGCCGUAGAUGUUAUGUGACUUGGCCGGCAUGCUGCAAGUAUGGAGGAAUAGCGGACGUGACGACAUGUUGUAGAGGACGCUAAAGGCCCCCAAUAUUGUUGUCCGGGUGGAAAUCGGGAGAAAUUCGGGAGGACGGUUGCCCCGGGAGAUUUUCGGGAGAGGUACUGAAAUUUGGGAGUCUCCCGGGAAAAUUGGGAGGGUUGACAAGUAUGUUGUGUAGCGAUAAAGAUGUAUAAGUCAUUGAAAAUAAACUAGCAUAGUUGUGACGAUCUGUCACUUCACUUCUGGUGGUGGUUCCUUGUUUGGUGUUUGUUUCCUGUCGGCGCUAUUAUUUUCAUUCCCCUUCCUGUAUGUCUCCUUGAUCACUCAUUUCCCUCACCUGUCCCUGAUUGGCAGCCGGGCACACCCGGUUGCAGUUGCCACUCAGAUGGCUAUUUAUGCCUGCAUGCCUUGCCUGUUCCUCAGUGCUGGUGGAUUGACUAUGUUAGGGACCUUAUGCUGGAUGCAUGACUUCUCCUUGUUUUGAGCGUGAUACAAUCGCUUACCUGCCUGUUGUCCUCCUGUUUCCUGCAUCUUGGGGUCACAACCGCCGCAGCCAUGCGAGUUCCUCACAAUAGUGACGUUAUUGUCAAACUGACAGUGAACUUUACAACUGUGUCCUGCAGUAAUGUUGGUUUGUUUUUUCGUGGAUAAUCAAAUAUUUUUACUGCGACAAGCUGUACACUGACUUAUCUAAAGUAUAUUAAAGUUAAAUUUAUAUUGCCUACUGUAACUGCACUGUUAUACAAAUUGUUGAUGACAUAUAAGGACUGUACUGUAUAAGCAAGUAAUUGGCUAUUUUGGUGAAGCAGCAGGAUUGAAUACAGUCUGCACAUUAUACAAUGAUUUUCUAUACUGUAUUGACAAAACACCAAGAAAUGGUCAAGUUUUUCACCUUUUUGUCUAUUCUCAACAAAGAUUUAGAUCAAUAAAUUGCAUUACCACAAAGUCUGAGAGUUGUUAAUGAAGUUCAAACUAGACAAUACUUAGUUUGUACACAAUAUUGCAGGGUUGUCCAAACCCUUAAUAUUUUAUACAUUUUUUUUUUUAUUUUGUAAAGAGGCAACCAAAAAAGAGUUAAACAGGAGCACUAUUAUAAAUUAGAAUACUGUGCAAAACUUUAUGAUUUCAGAAGUUCAAUCAAACUAAGAGACCAAUUAAAUGUAUUUUGCGAAAUAGAACAAAAAACAAUAUUUUAACUUUUGUAUUAGCUGUAUGCUACAAUCAGUAAAAUAAUAAUCACUUUACAAGCAAUACAAAUACAAUACAAAAAAGCAAUAAAUACAGAAAUUAACUUAAAAACAGAAAACUAGACAAAGUAAAAACAGUAAAGAUCAAAACAUAAAAAAAAUAGAUUCUUGAAAUAAAAUGUGUGUGGAUUUAUGUAAUAGUUUCACCUUUUUAAAUAAAAAAUAUUGAAAUGAAUUAUUUUUUUUGGAAGAUUCAUUGUAGAUCAUCCAUUGUCUACCGCUUGUCCCUUUUGUUGCCAAUCAACCUAUCCCCAGGUGCAUGUCUUUGGAGGUGGGAGGAAACCGGACUACCCGGAGGGAACCUGCAAACUCCACAAAGAAGGACCCCGAGCCUGGGGAUUGAACUCAGGACCUUCGUAUUGUGAGGCACACGCACUAACCCCUGGCCCACCAUGCUGCCCCAUUGUAGAUAAGUGAUUGUUAAAUGAAACCUCUGCCUAGUUUUUAAUGAAUAUUUAGGCCUAUAACACUACUGUAUUUUAAUAUUGGUCAUUAGGUACUUGUUCUGUCACAGCUUCUUCCCUCAGGCCAUAAGACUCUUGAACGCAUCAUAAUAAUCCCCUCAAUUCCCCCCCAAAAACGGAUUAACUGGCUGGGAAAUAUAAAGACAAUAUAACAUACAUCCAUAAAUGUGGAUGCAUAUGCAAAAGUGCAAUAUAUUUAUCUGUACAGUAAUAUAUUUACUUAUAUCUGCUUUAUAGCUAUAUCUAU